CAAACCCCGCCCACCGUUCCCAGAGUUACUACGCCUGCACACCGGUUCCUCCUUUGUCGUACAUUUAUGGUGUUGCUGCUGGCCGUGACGCGCAGCCUGCCAUCGACGUUUUACACAGUCACGGGUGAUCGUACGCAUAGUGUCAGGGAGUGAGGGAGGUGAAAGACGAUAGUGUGCCUGUGACAAUGUCUACAGACCGAGAGCCUCCCGUCACUGCCAAACUCCUUCACCUCAUGUUUAUCUCCACCUUCUGGGGAAUGCAGAUAUGGGUCACCUUCAUAGCAGGCUUUGUAAUGGACAACAAUCUAAACCGACACACGUUUGGCUUCAUCCAGAGCCGGCUCUUCCCGUUUUACCUGCAUAUCGGCUCAGCCUGCGCUUUCUUCAACCUCGCCAUCUUUGCCAUGUACCAUCCUAGUAACAUGCUGGAUGACAAAGAGGCCUUCCAGGUAUUCAGAACAUACUGUAUUGUUCCCAGAUAUGGUGGAAAGAUCCAAAAAUUACGAACGACCAUCAUGUCAUUCCAAAUCGCUAUUUUAAAAAAUUUGGACUUGAGCGGUCCAUAUGACUUGAGCAGUUUAUAAAAUCUUCUGAAGUCAUAUGAUAGUUUUCGGGUGAGAGACAUCCCUAAACAACUUCCCUUCAGCUUUAUGUGAGCUGACAACCAGUGUGAAUGAAUCUUUGAAUCAGUGGGUUGAACUGAUUUUUUAAUCAUAUUAAAAAAAAAAGACUUUAUGAAUUGAGCAUCUCUACUUCUCUUAUGAAUGCACAAAUUUUGAAGAAGUAGUUCAUGCAAAAAAUUUAAAUUUGCUAAAUAUUUUACUCACCCUCUAGCCAUCCAAGAUGUAGAUGAGUUUGUUACUUCAUCUUAAACAGAUUUG